AUGGCCACUCACUUGUCUUUCCCGGUAUCGACCUCCACCAUCCAAGCAUUCCCAAGUCCCUUGGGUACAACCACCAUGCUGUGUAACCUAAUCUCAGAAGCUAACCUAGGGACGGUCAGCCAAUCCCUCAGCAUUUUGACCUCAACUGCUCCCCCAGAUGCGAACACCUCAAGCCUUGGCCUCCCUUCAAAGCUGACCUGUGCCGACUCUCCCUGGACUCCCUUGGACCCAUCAUUGCAAGUCUCUGCCUUUCGGGCACGAGACACCACCUCCGUCUUUCGGACAUGA